AUAUCUAACCAGAUUUACGUCAGCGCUUACGUCACAGACCCGGUCUCGCACUUAUUACCGCCAUGCGAGUUACAGAAGGAUUGUACAAGAUUUAUGAAACACAGGAUAACAUUUCGAAUGCAUACGAAAAUCACAAGGAAUUUAAAAAUAAAACUUAAAAGAUGGUCAUGGCGGAGAGACCCAAGGGACAAAUACGGGUGGGGUUUUAUGACAUCGAGAAAACGAUAGGAAAAGGAAACUUCGCUGUUGUGAAACUAGGAAGACACAGGAUAACAAAAAGUGAGGUUGCCAUCAAGAUUAUAGAUAAAACACAAUUAAAUGAAGAUAACUUAACCAAAGUGUACAGGGAAGUCCAGAUCCUGAAAAUGGUCAAUCACCAAAAUAUCAUCAAACUCUAUCAGGUUAUGGAAACAAAGAACAUGUUGUAUUUAGUAUCAGAAUAUGCUCCAAAUGGAGAAAUAUUUGAUUUUAUAGCACAGCAUGGUCGUUUGUCUGAAAGGGAUGCCAGGAAGAAAUUCUGGCAGAUCAUACUGGCUGUUGACUAUUGUCACACGAGACAUGUUGUACAUAGAGAUCUAAAGGCUGAGAACUUACUGCUAGAUGCCAACAUGAAUAUAAAAAUAGCAGAUUUUGGUUUUGGAAAUUUCUACAAAAAGAAUGAACAUUUGUCUACAUGGUGUGGCAGUCCUCCAUAUGCUGCUCCAGAAGUAUUUGAAGGGAAGAAAUAUUUGGGACCUCAGAUUGAUAUAUGGAGCUUAGGAGUAGUGCUGUAUGUAUUGGUAUGUGGUGCUUUACCAUUUGAUGGUCAGAGUUUACAGAUUUUACGUGAUAGAGUUCUAUCUGGGAGAUUUAGAAUUCCUUAUUUUAUGACUACAGAUUGUGAGAAUUUGAUUAGAAGAAUGUUAGUGCUGGACCCUAACAAAAGAUUUUCUAUAAAUCAAAUUAAGAAGCACAAAUGGAUGCAAUCUGAAGAAGGACAGCCCAAAUCUACCCCUCCUAGUCCCAUGUUGGGGAUAAAUGCAAAGUUAGGGGAGUUCAACGAACAGAUACUUAGACUUAUGCAGAGUUUAGGUAUAGAUCAACAGAAAACAAAAGAGGCAUUAGAGAAGGACUCUUAUGACCAUUACACAGCAAUAUAUUAUCUUCUUAUGGAUAGAUUAAAACAACAUCGAAGUAGUUUUCCUCCUGAAAACAAAAUAGAUGCUCGUCACAGGCGACCUAGCACUAUUGCAGAACAAGCUAUGUCAAGAGUUGUUCCUUCUAGUCAAACCGGUGUUCAAACUACAGAGACUGAAGCACAUAACACAGCUAGUUCUUGGCGGCAGCCUAAUCCUUAUGAAUCUACUUUUAAUCGUGAAAUGGACGUUCCGACGCCUCACGGUGUAACAGGCUGCAUGGUUGACACGUUACCUCAGCCAUGUGUGAAAUCAUACAUAUCAGGUCAUAUGAUUACUACAUCGAUCGAUGAAGGAGUUGAAGCAGAUAUUUUAGAGGAUGAAGAUGAUGAACAGUCUAGUAAGGAUCAGUUUGUACCUGAUGGAUUUGGCAUUGGUCUGAUUCCUAGUUCUGCUUACGGUGAUUUGUCUCAUAUGCCCACAUCCAAUCAAAGUAACACUAGUGGAUCUCCGUUCGCAAGUUUUGAUUCAUCAUUAGGAUCAGAUAUUAUGUCUAGUUUACAAUCAUGUGCACAGGCCACUGGUACUGUUGUACAGGAGAAUGAAUCGUCAACUGGAAGUGAAGAGGAACAAAAUGGAGAAGAUCGUAGUCAAACAAGAUCUCCUGUUCACUUUCGUGAAGGUAGAAGAGCUUCUGAUGGACUUGUUGCACAGGGUAUGUUUGCAUUCAGACAGUUAAGACAGGGCAUGCGAGCCCCAGGAAUGGUUGACAUACAACAAGAACAAAUGCAUGUACAAAACAUGUACGAGCAGUACAAUAUCCCGCAAUCUCAGCAAGAACAAUCAAUAGAUGGUGCUAAACCUAGUCAAAUUGUACGGCCCCGUCCACUGAUGAAAAGAAUGAGUCUACCAUCUGAGACAUUUGAUAUUCAACCUCAUAGGUUAUUAGCUUUGAAGCAGUCUCUUCAAGUAGAAAGGCAGAUUGACGGGUUCAGCAACAAGCCUUUACAACAACAAUUACUUCAACAUAGAUUUCAACAACAACUUCACUGUCCGUUGCAAAAUCAGUUUCAGCAAUUACAGAUUGAUCCUCAGUAUGCACAAGGUGACCAGCAACAAACACUUACCUACAUGCCUGUAUCUAUGCCUCAGAGGUUGACCACCAGUGAAUUAAAUCAACUAGGUCGACCUCAAGUCAUCAGGAAAAUAUCUUACAAACUUGCACAACAGCAGCCUGUGGAUCCGAGUGAAGAAGUGAAGCAGGCAGUGGAGCAUAAACUGUCAUUUAGUUCUACACCUACCUAUCAGACCUCAUCAUGUCCAACUACUCCUAGUCGUAAAAAUGCUUUUAUUCCCCAAGGUGUAGACUUAGCUGUGUUACAACAUCAGUUAAUGAUGCAGCAUGAACAGAACAAACAGUUUAAUGAACAGAAACAUGGUGAUUCUCAGAUGGACUCCUCUCAGUAUAAUCCGGCCUAUAAUUAUGUUGUUAAUCCUCAAGGACUAGAGUAUCAGAUCACUCAAAAUGCUCCUCCAUUUCAGGAGAAUCAGUCCACCAUGGGGGGCAACUCUGAUCCUAGUCAAAUGGCUUAUGUUGAAGAAGACAUGGAUAUGUCAUAGCUUUGUCUCCUCAUUUUGUAAUUGUUCAUUAUUCAUUAAGAAUGAGAAAGUAAAACUGAUUUAUUGUUUUCCUUAACCUGCACCAAAUGUUCAGAUCUGCUGUCCGGUACCUAAUUAUUGUUUUUUAUAAAUUCUGCUGAUAUGAAAGCAAGAAUUUCACAUAAUUUAAACUAAAAGUAAAGUCAAAUUUUGCUGAUGUGAUUCCAUGUUAUUCAAAAAACUGAAUUUUACCAUGUUCCCCAAUAUUUUCGGACUAUGAAAUUUUUUGUUAUAACAAACCAUGUUUUUCACUGUUGUUAAAUAUCCUCAGAAUGAAAAGAGUUCAAAAUUAUUUUGUAAACUUGGUCAGGAAAUGGAGAACAAUGUAUGUUUUAUUUAUAGUAUUUUAUCAUUCAAAAUCUUCAUGAUUUGCUGUCAUUUAUCAUUAUCAUUAGAAGUUUUCAUAUUUUUCAAACUCAUGUUGUUAUGGAUACCACAAUCAGAUGAGUGGAUUUGAAUUGUUAAUAGGAUUUUUUGUAUGAUUUGAAGAGUAAAGACAUUUGUUGAUUUUGUUGACAAUAUGCCUCCUACAGUUGUAUUCAAACUAAUCAAACACAUUUUUCCACCUCUGUUACAAAUUCAAAUAAGUCAUAUAAAAAAUCUUGUAUUUUUCUCUUAAUUUUUUUUUAAAUUCCUUACAUUUUUUUUUAAAUGAUUUUGUCUGUUUUUUUAAUCAUUAGGGGUAAACAAAAUUGCAUAAACAAAGGAAUCGAAAGUCAAUACUUAUUAGGAAUUCUGGAAAAUAUCCUUCAAGAAAGAAAAAUGAUGUGAUAUGUUUCUUUAACUUUUUAUGACGACCUAUAACAUCAUUACAUGUUUAAGAAAGUUCUAAUCUCUUAAUAAUUGUUAGGUGUUUUGUUUGUCAUUCAGAUUUUAUUUCGUUAUUGCAAAAACUCUAAAACAAUUGAGAAAAAAAUGUUUUAAUGAAUCAAAUUGGUGUUAUGUAAAAAUUGAGGAUAACUUACUAUUUUUAAAUUUAAUUUGGUUGGUAUUUCGUUUGUAUUUAGAAUACCAAUUAAAGUUGUAUGAAAUCAUCCUACCUUGUGACUGCAUGGUAAAUGUUGGUCACAAAUGAAAUUUGUGGUUCUAGUCAUUUUGAAUUCAUUGACUUCUCUUGUAGAAAAAAAAUGCUAUUUGUUGAAUAUUAUUUUGUUCUAUUUAAUGUUUGUAGUCAUUCCGUGCUAUUUUGUUGUAAUAUUAGUUCUUUAUAUGUUCAUGUAUUUUGUAUAUUUUUGUUAUAAUUUAUGAAUCAAAAGCAUUUUACUUAAUUGUAUUUUUUUAAUGAUUUUGGUUCUCUAUUCUACAUGUAUUGCUGUUUGACAAAAUGGGAAAUGUAAAAUUGCAUUUUUGCAUGGUAAAAAAAAAUUUUCAAGACUUGAGAUUGGUCAUGCUGGUAGAGAUGAUAAUGUUUUUUUCAUGGUAUCCAGAUAUAUAAAAUUUUAUCAUAAAACCGUAAUGAUUAUUUGUCUUUUAUUACCAUUUCAAUGGAUUUGACAAAAAAAGUUUUAACAUACAUGCAUUUGUUACAGUCUGUCAAUUUAGAUAUUUUUUAACUUAUUUUCCAAAAAACACUUGCUUUUCUACCACUUUUAUGUCCUUUAAGAAAUUUAUAAUGACACACUAUUGUCAAAAAAAGAGAUUUAUUUCAGUUUAAUAGCCUGACAUAGAUUGGCUGUUGAUGCCUAUUGUUGUUUUGUUAUGGUUAUGCAUGAUAUGCAAAAUGUCAUGGAGUUAUGAGUUCAUGUAUAUAUGAAAACAAUAAAUCCGAGUUUCAACAAGGUACAAAAUUUCAAUUGGUUUGUAAUGCAAAAAAAUCUACAGGGAAAAUAAUAAUGAAAUACUUGACAAUUUUUGAAGUGAGAUAAUUUGGGAAACAAAUAAAGAUUUUAUACUAAAGGAAGAGGAAAAUGUGGCAUUACAAAGUUGUGAAAAAUUGGCAUCACAAUAUUAUUCAGAAUUUUGCUACCAAAAUUGAAAAAACCCAAAUUGCACAAUUUCACUGUUGUAAUUUUGGCUCUUAACAUAUAGGGAAAAUUAUUUUCUCUUGAAAUUUUUGCACAUAUGUUGAACCCAGUUCCUCAAGUAAAUCUCUGAUGAAACUGACAAUAUCCUAGCUAUUGUUCAACUGUUCUUGUAUAAAUGUUGCUAGAGAAAAUGAAUUUUGACCAUCAAUCCUUGUGUAUUUACAGUAAAAAGAAAUCUGCAAAUAGUUUUGAAGUGGUUGUAUAAUUCUGUCUUAAAUCAAUUAAAUAUUCAUUUUCUUUAUAAAGAUUUUUUAUAGAGAAGUUUAGGAAAAUAUAUUUUGUUAUUAAAUAAUGAUGCUUUUAAAUGACAUGUGUAGUUAAAAAAAAUGUUUAAAAAUUUCCCAUUUUGCAAAUGUGAUUAUAACAGUAAUUGAACCAAUGUUAUGUCUAAAUAUUUUUAAACUUUUAAAUUUCCUGUCUGAUAUAUGACAAAAGGGAAGUAAUAACUUCAAACAAAUAAAAUAUUUUUGGUUCAAUUUUUCAUUGAUUUUACAAGAAUGCCUUUCAGAAAAAAAGUAUGCAUAUAUUAAUGUAUAAAAGCUUGUAAAUUAUUUUGUAGUCAUUCCAUUAUUUAUUGAUGUUUCAUCAGGGAUAAAAAAAGAAUUGUUUAACAGCUUAUAAACUACUUUCUAUGUAUAUAACAAAGAUUGUAUACACUCAAUAAUACACCAGUAUUGUUUUCAAAGUGCCUAAAUGGUGCAACCUGUCAAGAGAUUGCCAUGUUUAAAUGUUGGAUUCCAUGUUUAAAACAAACCUAGAAUGUAAUAAAUGGUAGGGAAAAUAAUUUUUUUUUUAUUUAUUCUAGACCAUACAACUUUUAUUUUUAUCCUCAUGUUAAAAUUUACUUAGAGCAACAGCUGAGAGAAUAAAGGCUGAUUAAAAUGAGGAGUUAAAUUUCUGAAAAAGUAAUUAAGCAAUUGAAUACAAAUCUGAGUCUUUAUUUAAAUUUACAUUAUUGUUGCAGAAAUAUAAAGGGAAUUUAAAUCAUGAAAAAAAACUCAAGUGUAUCAACUGGCAUUUAGACCAGAAAAUUUAAUAUUACUUCCUGGUCUUGUACAAUAGUUAAUUGUUAAAUGGUUUAAGCAAUAUUAUGAUGUUCAGCAUUUCAAUUGGUCUGCACUUAAUUUUACAGAGCAAAACCUGAAUUUACCACUUAUUUCUAUACUCUUGUUUGAAUGAAUUGUGUGUGUGAGGGGGUUAAAUUGGUGCAUCUUAGUUUUAGUGUGUUACAAGAUUUGAUAUUUGCUAUAUGUUAUUCUUUGAUAGUUUCUUACACAGCUUUAACCUUUUAAUAUCAGUUACUGAAUUUAUAACUUAGUAAUACCUCUAACAUUUUAUGAUCCAUUUUGCAGCAAAUUUUAGUUCAUUUCAUUUAAUUCUGUUUGUUUUUAGAUUCGGUUCCUUGAUGACUAUUUUAUACCUGUUUUACUCAGAUAACUGUUUCCAUUCGAUAUUGAAUAUUUUCAGUUUUUAUGGAGUAAUGUGUCAAGCAAAAUUUUGGAAGUAUUUUUAGUAUACAGAAUGAUUUUUUAUGGAGGAUAUAAGCAAAGGUGGAUCAUUAUACAUUUGAACAUUUUAAUAUCAUGGUUCCAACAGUAGUACAAUGAUAAUCAUAAUUUGUUGUGUUGCUUUAGAGGGGUUGUAUCCCCUUAAAUGUAAAUUUAUUAUUGUUGAUGCACAAAAUUAUGGCAAAUAAAUUUAUCAUGCAAUGUAUUGUUGCAGGAAUAAAAUGUUGAAUAUA